AUGCUACUGCUAUUUCAGAUCCUCGCCUUCCUGCCCUCUGCCCUGGCUGCGCAGUCAGUUCUCUCUCCCGGGGAAAAAUGCUUUUCUGCCACUCAGGAUCGCGACAAGAGUAUUGAGACUUGCUGUCCUAGCAAGGAAACGUCCGGUGUAGGAUGGGUUGGCCAAACUAAAUUCCGCUAUACAUGUGGCAAAUGGGCGAAUUCAAGGGUUUCCCGGAAAGAACCCGCUGCAACUCUUCAAGAGUGUGCGGCACUCUGCGCAUUGGACCGUCUUUGCGCCGGAAGCAGCUGGAAACACCGUAGCGAACAUUGCUAUGUGCUCGGGAAUGAGGGUUACACGGGAAACUUCGACGGAUCCGACUUUGUGUGGUUGGAUAAAGUGGAUGAUAAGAUCAUCGACGACAGCAAUGGGGAUGAUUCCGGCGAGCACACCGAUGAAGAUACGGAAGCCAGCGACAACCCCGACCCAAACACAGUUGGUAACGAGGAGCUAGCUACCAAAGCUUUGUGCCCGGCGUUCGAUCAGAAAGAGUUCCUUCUUCGCACACCAAGUGGGGACUGGACCCGGUGGCGGGUUUACUGCGAUCACAGAGCUACCGACAUCAAAUGGAGCGAGCGUGGGCAGAUGAACGGCACCACAACUCCGUAUGACACGCUCCGCGCGCAUCGGUACUGGGAUGCGGGCCACCGGGGCCUUACGUGGAAGGACACGGAUUUCUCAUAUCGGCAUUUGACCAUCUAUAAUCUCCCGACCGACUCCCAGGUUAAGACCCUGGAGGGUUUCUAUCUUCGGUCCGCCAAGGGUAGUCGGGAACAUGUCAUAGCCCGGGUAGACGAUGUGCCACUGAGAUUUGUUUGA